AUGUUGGAAGGACUCGUCGCCGGCUUGCUCAACCGCUUCCUGGGCAUGUACGUCAAGAACUUCGACCCUACGCAGCUCAAGGUUGGCAUCUGGUCCGGCGACGUCAAGCUCCGCAACCUAGAGCUCCGUCGAGAAGCUCUCGACCAGCUCAAGCUGCCCAUCAACGUCAUCGAGGGUCACCUUGGCGAGCUCACCCUCUACAUCCCCUGGUCCAAUAUCCGCGGCGCUCCAGUCAAAGUCUUUAUCGAAGAUGUCUACCUGCUCGCGAGUCCCAAAGAAGAGGCCGAAUAUGACGAAGACGAGGAGCAGCGCAGGAAACACAGGCUGAAGAUGGAGAAGCUUGAGAGCGCCGAGCUGCUCAAGGAGCGGAACAAGGCUGGCAUGAGCCAGGAGGAGCAGAAGAAGAACCAGAGCUUUGCCCAGAGCCUGGCGACCAAGAUCACCGACAACCUGCAGAUCACGGUCAAGAACAUUCACAUCCGAUACGAAGACUCCAUAUCAGCUCCGGGCCAUCCUUUUGCCCUUGGCUUCACACUCGAGGAGUUUAGCGCUGUCAGUGCCGAUGGCCAGUGGACGCCAUCCUUCAUCCAGCAGUCGUCUACGACUACACACAAGCUCGCCACGUUGGGCUCCCUGGCGGUGUACUGGAACACGGACUCAGAACUUUUCAGCAGCGGCCGUCAAACUGGAAACGACUCCCAAGGGACAAUGACACACAGUGACAUGGUCGACAAAUUUAAGAGCAUGCUUACCAAAAUUCACGACCCCGACUCGAGCAACCAAUUCAUCCUGAAGCCCGUCAGUGGACAGGCAAAGAUUGAGCUGGACAAAUCCGGUGCCAUUGAGGUGCCCAAGUUCAAAGCCACUCUCUUGUUUGACGAGAUCGGUGUCGUCCUAGAUGACGACCAGUAUCGUGAUGCCCUGAUGAUGGUAGACCUCUUCCAUUACUUCAUCCGCCACCAAGAAUACAAAGCGCUCAAACCAAAGGGCGUUAGUCCAAAGGAGGAUCCGAGAGCCUGGCUACUGUUUGCAGGGAAUGCCAUCCUGGGUAAGAUCCAUGACAGGAAUCGUAAGUGGUCGUGGGACUAUUUCAGAGAGCGUCGUGAUGACCGCAGGCGGUAUAUCGAGCUCUUCAAGAAAAAGAAGCAGGGUUUGCAGCUCGAAGCCAAUGAGUCUAGCGACCUUGAUAAGCUUGAGUUUAAGCUUAGCUACGAGGACCUGCGGUUCUGGAGAUCGCUGGCUCGUAAUCAACUUAAAAAGGAGAAUGCCGCAGCCCUGAGCAGGCAGCCUCAGCAGCCUCAGCAGCAGGGCUGGGUUGCUUGGAUGUGGGGUUCUAAGCCAACGGGCACCAUCCAAGAGAAUGAAGAAAACACUCAGAUGACAGAAGAGCAGAGGAAGGAGCUCUAUGACAUGAUUGACUGGGACGAAAAGGCGGCGCUCGCUGAAUCUGUCGAUGUUCCCCGUGAAGCCGUCAACAUGUGUAUCGAGGCGGCGCUCAGCACUGGCAGCUUCACGCUCAAGAAGAGCCCCCAUCACAACACCAUGGAUCUCCUCAGCUUACACUUUGACUUGUUUAAAGCCAAGGCAUUACAGAGAAAGGACUCUGUACUGGCUAGUGUCAGUCUUGGUGGUCUGCGAAUCAAUGAUGGUACAACUCCCGACAGCCUUUAUCCAGAGAUUGUUCGCGUAAAGGAUGCCCAGAAGCGCAAACCAAUCUCCCUCGAGGAGCUGGAAACGGCGGAAGAGGAGCCUUUUUUCGAGUUCGAGAUUGAACAGAACCCUCUUGAACGAGAAGGCGACAUUGCCGUCGUGGGCAAGCUGAAACCCCUCGAAGUUGUUUGGAACCCCAACUUUGUUGUGGGCAUCGUCGACUUCUUCCGGCCUCCUGAGAGGCACAUGGAGUCGAUCGCGGCUCUGAUGGAGACCGCUGGGGCCACCGUGGAAGGCAUCCGAGAGCAGACACGAGUAGGCUUGGAGUUUGCACUAGAAGAACACAAAACGAUCAACGCCGAGCUCGACCUGCAAGCACCGCUGAUUAUCAUUCCCGUCAGUAUUACCACGGAGCAUUCAACUUGUCUCGUUGUCGAUGCUGGUCACAUGCAUGUGAACAGCCAGUUGGUCGAUCAAGAGACCUUGGCGGAGAUUCAGUCCAAGCAGCGCCAAUCUUACAAUGAAGAAGACUUUAAACGUCUUGAAUCGGCCAUGUACGACAGAUUCAUCGUCAAGUUUACCUCGACUCAAGUCCUCAUUGGGCCUUCCAUCGAAGAAACCAAAGCUCAGCUCACCAGCAAACCUGGCGAUCGCGGCUCGCAGCUACAUGUAGUAGAGGAGAUCAAUGUCGAUUUCGUGGUGGAAAUGUCAAUUCUGCCCAAAGCGCCUAAUCUCACAAAGUUCAAGGUCUCUGGCCAUUUGCCAAUGCUACAUGCCACUGUAUCCGACGCCAAGUACAAGAACUUGAUGCAGAUUAUCGAUGUUGCUAUACCAAAAUUUCACUCCGAGGCGGAGCAAAAGGCAGUGCAAUCUGGCGCUACUACCCAAGCAAGGCCUUCUUCACGCCAUUCUUCACGCCCACGAUUAGCCAGUAAUGCCUCCAGCCGAUCCGCGCUCAGGUCGAUGCGUGACCGCAGACAAUCUGCGUUCCCAUUCCUCCAGUCUUCUACCGCCGUCAUCUUGGAGGACAUUGAUGAUGACGAUGACGAUUUCGAGGAUGCUGAAGACGGAACUCACGGCGAGCAGUUUAGAAUGCAGCAGCGGAGCUUCGAAUUCAACUUCAAAGUAGACACCCUAAAGGGCUCGCUUUAUCGAAGUGAUCCAAGCCGGUCGAAGCAAGACGUCCUUCUGGUGGAGCUAGUAGCAGAACGCUUCGAUCUAUCCUUCUAUACUCGACCCUACGACAUGGCGGCCGAAGUUUCCCUUGGGUCAGUAACUAUGGACGACUUUGUGGACAAUCCGCCUGCCGAAUUCAAGUCGAUUGUGUCUUCUGGAGACAGAGAGGACCUCCAAGCUGGACGAAGCCUUGUUCAUGUCAAGUUUGUCAGGGUUAAUCGCCAGUCACCCGAGUUUAUGCCCGUGUACGAAGGUGUUGAAACCAACAUUACUACCACUAUAUCUACCAUCAACCUGGUUGUUACUCGGAAGACGCUUCUCACCUUGUUGGACUUUAUCCUUGUGACUUUUACAAAUAAUAAUGCCGACGAGCAAAUGGGCCAAUCUGGUCCCUCUCAGAUUGACAACGCUGCUGAAGAUGAUGUAGCAGUUGAUAGUGUGGUUGUACAAGAGCCCAAGCAGAAUGCGAAUGCAACUAGCUCUAUCCGCGUCAAGGUUGAACUGAAGAGUAUCCGGCUUAUUCUGAACAAUGACGGCAUCAAACUGGCAACCCUUUCUUUCAACCAGGGUGAUGCUGGCAUCUUUCUUCGGGGCCAGACAAUGAGAAUCUCGGCCAAGCUUGGCGACCUCUCUCUCAUCGACGAUGUCAACUUGGGCGUUUCAGAGGAUUCCCACCUCCGGAAGCUCGUAACCAUUCAGGGAGACGACCUUGCCGACUUCCGCUACGAGACUUUUGACCCCGAAAAUCCCCAAGCGUACCCGGGAUACGAUAGUUCAAUAUUCCUUCGUGCGGGAUCUGUCAAGGUCAACUUUGUGGAGGAACCGUUCCGCAAAAUCAUUGAUUUCUUGGUCAAAUUUGGAAAGAUGCAGGCACUAUACAAUGCCGCCCGCCAGGUUGCUUUAAACAGAGCCAACCAAAUUCAGCAGAGCCCUAGCAAGAUCAAGUUUGAUGUUGUGGUCAAUACACCCAUCGUCGUCUUCCCGCGGGCCGUGAUCCCAGGCCGUCCCCACCGUGAUCUCAUUACAGCCUACCUUGGAGAAAUCUAUGCACAGAACAAGUUUGUUCCUCUCGAUGAUAGUCACGGUGCGACAAUUGCGAUGAAGAUUUCCGCAGGAAUCAGAAACAUUCGUCUCACUUCAGACUUCCAUUAUGCCGACAACAAGUCUGAGGAGUUGGAGAUGAUUGACCACGUCGACCUUGGAUUCCAUAUUACUCAUGCUGAACAUGUUGAGGGUGUCAAGAGACCAGAGACCGAGAUAGAAGGAACCGUGUCCGAUAUCAAGCUUCAGUUGACUCAACACCAACUGAAAUUCUUGAUGGAGAUUUCAAGAUCAGUCCCGGCUGCCUUUAGUGGAGAUGGCGAUGCUAAUGCGGAGGCUGAACGGCUUGUUGAUGACCAAACCUUGGAGCGCGCUAAAGGCUCGCCUUCUGAUGGCCAGUCCAACGGCAAUGAGCAGCCAUUGAUUAGCCUUGGUCCCGAGCUAGGUUCGCUCUCUGACGCGUGGACCAAGCUGGACUUUGUGUUCAAUGUGAAUACUGUUGGCCUUGAGGUCAUCAUGGCCCCAGAAGAGGGCCCUGUCAAUGAUGUAGCCGCCUGCAGUCUUUCUCGCUUCUCCUUGGACGACACACAUGUCAAGACGAGAAUGAUGUCUGAUGGCUCGAUAGAAGCCGAGGUCCUGGUUCGCUCUUUCACAAUUUACGACACUCGUCCUAGGGAUACGAACAAGUACCGCCGAAUCAUGACGUCUUCUAACAAAGAAGCGCAGCAGUUGAUGGCCAGUGUGACAAUGUCUGGUGGAACAGAGCGCAGCGUCAUUGCAAUGGCCACUAUUGAUAGCCCUCGUGUCAUUUUUGCUCUCGACUAUCUCUUUGCCAUCCAGAAGUUUGCCACUGAAGGGUUGACAAUGGAGGAAGCAAGUCCAAUUGAUACCGAAAGUAUGCUGAGUUCUCCCGAAGAGUCAGACACAGAAUCAACGCAAGUGUCGUAUUCGCAGCGACCAUCUAUAAGCUCUCCUCGACCUAGCAUCUCCGCAGCGGAAGCCUCUCUAGAGACACAACCGAAGGCCCAAACCUCCAUGGACAUAUCUUUCCGGGUAAACCUUGUGGAUGCUCAAGUCAUCUUGAUCGCCAAUCCGCUGAGCUCAAGCUCAGAAGCAAUUGUCCUCGGAAUCCGCCAAGUUCUUCUGUCACAACAACAUGCUCUUACGUUUCAAAUCUCACAGAUUGGCAUGUUUUUGUGCCGAAUGGAUAAGUUUGAGACAUCUCGCUUGAGAAUCAUUGACGAUUUCUCGAUACAAAUGAGCAUGAAUAAUCCACAGCCCAAUUCCACAGACAUCAAUAUUGAGAUUGAGCCACUCAUCUUGAGGCUUUCUCUACGAGACAUUUUACUCGCUCUCCAGAUUAUCGGAAGAGCAGGAGAAUUAUCUGGAACGGAUUCUAAGGUACCAAAAGAGUCAGCCGCCGAUCAAAAGGCGAAGCAGUUGAGAUCAAAGACACGGCACAGAGCGUCCAGUGGGCGUGGUGGCGCCUCGACAACGGCCAAGAGUAGUCAUGCGGCUAGAACAACAACUACUGCAGCAUCUUCGAGGGCCGUCACUUAUGCUGAGAGAUACUCCGCGCCCGCAAAGAAUGAAAACCUAUCCGCUACUGUAGAUGGCGUCCGAAUCGUGCUGAUCGGUGAUCUGCACGAACUUCCGAUCCUUGAUAUUGGAAUUCAGAACUUCACGGCUGUCGCUGAAAAUUGGUCUUCAAAUUUGAAGGCUGAGGCGGCUAUUGAUAUGUACUCCAACGUGUACAAUUUCUCAAAGUCGAGCUGGGAGCCCCUUUUGGAGCCAUGGCAGGUUGGCCUUGGGGUGGCCAAGGAUCCAAUCACUAGCUUCCUCUCUGUUGAUGUGGUGUCGAAAAAGACAUUCGAUAUUACAGUCACAACGGCAACAAUUGCAUUGGCCUCCAAGUCUUUUGACUUUUUGACGGCUGCUGAAAAUGUUCUCGAGAAGCCUCGAGGCGUUGAAGCCCCGUACCGAAUCAGAAACUAUACGGGCUUUAAUGCCAUCGUUCAUUCCAAGAGUCCUACCAACUCUGAGCCAAUCACUCUCCAUCUUGAAGACGGGCAAGAAGCUCCAUGGAGCUUUGAGCAAUGGGAGAAGAUGCGUGAGAUGAUCCUCGCCGACUCGCAACCAAAUGACGUAGGCAUCCAGCUCGAGGCGAGUGGGUUUGAUCUCAUUAGGAAUGUCCGCUUGAAUCGUGAGGGCGAGUUUUUGUACAGCCUUCGCCCUAAAACCGACAACAUCUUGCACAAACUCUGUGUGGAAGUGAGCUUAGGAGCUGACAAUGUCAAAUAUGUCACUCUUCGUUCUCCACUCGUUGUUGAGAACGCCACCCAGAUUCCCGUGGAACUCGGUAUCUACGAUGCCCAAGAGGGUCAUUUGCUCAAGAUUGAGAAGAUUGCCCCUGGUGACUCUCGACCCGCACCCGUUGGAGCUGUGUAUGAAAAGAGGGUGCUCGUGAGGCCAGACAGCGGAUUUGGCUAUCAGUGGAGCGCAGAGCAGCUUUGGUGGAAAGACUUGUUGAAACGCCCAACUAGGCAGAUUGUUUGCAAGGGAGACAGUGGUGAUCCUUUUUACUUCCAGGCGCAUGCGUCGUUUGAUAACUCCAGUCCCAUCACCAGAUCCUAUCCGUACAUGAAGAUUAAGCUGUCUGCGCCAGUCACGCUGGAGAAUCUCCUUCCAUAUGAUUUCAAGUACAGAAUUUACGACAAGAACACUAAGAAGGAUUGGUCGAACUUCCUUCGGAAGGGCGGUGUCAGCCCUGUUCAUGUCGUUGAGCUCUCUCAUCUACUCUUGCUCAAUGUCGACAUGCAGGAUACUGUCUUCAAACCAAGCGACUUUGCUAUCAUCAACUCCGGCACAAACGAAGAUUUCCGCAGAGAAUCUCGCAUCGUAGUCAAGGAUGACCAAGGCCUUUCUCUCAACCUUAGUCUCCACUACCACAAGAUUCCCAACAGCGGCGGUGCCUUCAAGGUCACAGUCUACAGCCCGUACGUUAUCCUCAAUAAGACAGGGUUAGAUCUUACGGUCAGGGCCAAGAGCUUCUUGCAGCAGGCGAAGUCGGCGGCUGGCCAGUUCCCCCUCAUAAACACCUCCGAUCAUGACCGACCCAAGGCGCUGCCAUUCAUGUUCUCAUUUGGAAACGAUGACACUCGCAACCGAGCAUUGCUCAGGGUAGCAGACUCCGAAUGGAGCAAGCCUCAGAGUUUUGAUGCCAUUGGUAGCACAUCUGAGGUAAUUCUCAACUCUGGGUCUAACAGAAACAAGGAGAUCCACCUGGGUCUCACCAUCCAAUCCGGAGAAGGAAAGUAUAAGAUGACGAAAGUCGUUACGAUUGCUCCGCGCUUCGUGCUCAAGAACAAGUUGGAUGAGGAGAUUCUGAUACGGGAACCCAGCUCGUCGGGUUACAUGACGCUGGGUCCUGGAGCGUUACAACCACUUCACUUUAUGCAGAACUCUACAGUCAAGCAGCUGUGCCUUUGCUUCCCCGGAAUGAACAACCAGUGGACCUCACCCUUUAAUAUUGCUGAUAUUGGAACGACGCACGUCAAGAUUGCCAAGGCAGGUCAGCGUCAACGCCUCAUCCGCGUGGAGAUUCUUGUAGAGGACUCCACCAUUUUCUUGCACUUCAGCGUCGAAACCAAGAAUUGGCCUUUCUCAAUGCGCAAUGAGAGCGAUACUGAGUUUACGUUUUACCAAGCAAACCCCACUGUUGAAGAGGACGAUGUAGUGGACCGAAGCGGUUGGAAGCCUAUCCGAUAUCGCCUGCCACCUAGGAGUAUCAUGCCGUACGCAUGGGAUUUCCCAGCAGCUAAGUUCCGCGAGGUGGUCAUUUCUACGGCCGGCAAGGAGCGGCACGUCAAAUUGGCGGAGAUUGGCAACCAGUUCCCAAUGAAGUUUACAAGCCAAAAUGGCACGCAAAAGAUUAUCGAUAUCAAUGUUGCUGCAGACGGUCCCACGCAGACUCUCAUUUUGAGCAACUUCCGACCCAGCCAGAGUUUGUACAGACAGAAAACUCUGUCCAGGACAAACACUGGACCGGAGGCUUUCGAGGUCAAAGAUCAAGAUACUGAUGCGACAUUCGUGGCUCAGCUCAAGUUGUCCGGCAUUGGCAUUUCAUUCAUCAACGCUCAACUGAAAGAGCUCGCCUACGUUACAUUCCGAGAUGUCCAAUUCCGUAUCACUGAUUCGCCCGUGGUUCAGACGGUGUCACUGGCCAUCAAAUGGAUGCAAAUUGACAACCAACUCUAUGGUGGGCUGUUCCCCAUGGUCCUAUAUCCAAGCGUGGUGCCGCAGAAAGCGCAAGAAAUCGAAGCCCACCCGUCACUACAUGCCAUGGUUAGUCGAGUGAAGGAUGACUCUUACGGUGUGCUCUACAUCAAAUAUGCCAGUAUCCUCCUACAGCAGAUGACGGUUGAUCUGGAUGAAGAUUUCGUAUUUGCUCUUUUGGACUUUUCGAAUGUUCCCGGCGCAAGCUGGAGCUCAGAGGUGGAAGAGGGCCAACUUUGUGAUGAAGAUCUGGAUAUCCCAGAGCCAUCUCAGCGUGAUACCGGCCAAGACAUUUAUUUUGAGGUCCUCAACAUCCAGCCGAUGCAAGUGGACCUCAGCUUCAUGCGAACGGAGCGCAUCAACGCGGAGGAUAAAACCUCAUCCCACAACCCACUCAUGUUCUUCCUGAAUGUGAUGACGAUGGCCAUUGGCAAUAUCAAUGACGCACCAGUGCGGUUCAAUGCGCUCAUUCUAGAGAAUGUCCGGGUGUCUAUGCAGAUCCUGAUUCAGAACAUCACCAACCAUUAUAGCCAAGAGGUCAUGUACCAGAUCCACAAGAUUUUGGGUUCUGCAGACUUCUUGGGCAAUCCCGUGGGCUUGUUCAACAACAUCUCAUCCGGAGUCAACGACAUCUUUUACGAGCCGUACCAGGGUCUCAUCCUUUCCGAUCGGCCCGAAGAAUUCGGCAUGGGUAUCGCAAAGGGUGCAGCAUCAUUCGCCAAGAAGACCGUUUUUGGAUUCUCCGACAGCUUCUCCAAAUUCACCGGGAGUCUGAGCAAGGGUCUUGCCGCAGCGUCCAUGGAUAAGCAGUUCCAAGAUCGACGACGGAUUACCAGGGCAAGAAACCGCCCGAAGCACGCAUUGUACGGCGUGACGGCGGGAGCCAACAGUCUCUUCACGAGUGUUGCAUCUGGCGUUGGUGGUUUGGCGCUGAAGCCUCUAGAAGGUGCCGAACAGGAGGGCGCUUUGGGCUUCUUCAAGGGUGUCGGCAAGGGUGUUUUGGGAUUGGCAACCAAACCAGCCGUGGGGAUUCUGGACAUGGCUAGCAAUGUCAGUGAGGGCAUCCGCAAUACCACGACAGUAUUUGACGGAGCGGAGCUGGAGCGCACUCGAUACCCACGCUUCGUCCCCAAUGACGGAAUUGUGCGGCCCUUUAACCCGCGAGAGGCACUCGGACAGUACUGGCUGAAGCAAGUGGAUAACGGGCGAUACUUUGACGAGCAGUACAUUGGCCACCUUGAGCUGCCCAAGGAGGACAUGGUUGUCAUGGUCACGUUUGCGCGCAUCCUCUUGAUUCGAUCGCGGCGACUGACUAGCGAGUGGGACGUGCCGCUGAAGGACGUCCAGACGAUUGCAAAGGAACGCACGGGAAUCAGUCUGGCACUGAGAGAUGGAGCCAAUGGGCCGUUUAUCCCCGUGGGAGGUGGAAGUGAGAGGGGGUUCUUGUACAAGAUGCUUGGUGUGGCUGUGGAGGAGUUUAACAGGAGGUUUAGGGGAGGAGAGCGAUGA